AUGGCUACAGAUCCUGCCCUUGCGCAGGGCACCACCCAGGCUCUUACAAUAAACCCUCCUCCGCCUCCACCUCCGCCUCCACCACCUGCGGAACAGGCAAAUGCAUCCUCGUCGACACCAGAUGACAACACUGUAGUAAACAAUUCUACCCCUCCUCAUCCUACAUCAGCUUCUUUCAAGCUCAAAUUCUGCACGGUUUGUGCCGCAAAUCAGAAUCGAUCCAUGGAAGCCCAUAAUCGUCUAUCUGCACCUCCAUCUUCAUACUCUGUCAUAUCAUUCGGCACGGGCUCCCUAGUUCGUUUGCCGGGACCAUCUAUCACUCAACCCAACGUUUAUAAUUUUAAUACCGUAUCUUAUUCGCAAAUAUAUGAUGAAUUACAAGCGAAAGAUCCAAGACUAUACCGCAAUAACGGAGUUCUUCCCAUGCUAGAACGGAAUAAGGGCGUAAAAUGGGGACCGGAGCGGUUUCAAGACUGGAACCCAGGAAUGCCUCGUUUAGAUCAUGUAUCGAGGGGCGAUAAGGGUAGUCUUGGAACGGAAGGCGGUGUCGUCGAUGUUAUUAUAACAUGCGAGGAACGCUGUUGGGACGCGGUCGUGGAGGAUCUCAUGAAUCGAGGGUCACCUUUGAACAGACCCGUUCACGUCUUUAACGUCGAUAUCAGGGACAACCAUGAGGAAGCCUUGAUCGGAAGUAAAGGGAUACUUGAUCUGGCGAACAGGCUCAAUGAGGUGGCUGACGAAGAGCGGCGAUUGAAUGGACCUAGCGGAUGGGACCAAGGAACCGGCAAUGCUAGGAAAGGCUUUGAUGAGAGAGUUCCUGAAAUACUCGCUAAGUGGCAGGAAAAAUGGCCUAACCUCCCGGCGCUCUGGACUUUAUCCUGGCUUUGA